AUGAGUUCAAACGCUACAAAAAGGAAACAUUCAUCGAUCACGGAUACUACGGAUGAAAAGAGCGAUUCACCACCUGAAAAGAGGAUGACCGAAAAGUGUUACGACCCUGAAGACGCCACACUUAUAUUUGUUGAUGAUGAAGAUGAAAUGGAUUUUGAAUCUAUGGGCUACACGUCUCUCAGAGCUCUGAUGUCCUGUGAUCACUCUGUCACUCCGAUGUCUCUCACUGACUAUUGUCGCAGCUUGUUGGAUGAGGGUGAGACCAGAUUUAUGUGUGGUCAGCCUGACUGUGGUGCUGUAUGGUCGUAUGAGGAGGUUCGUAAAAUGGCUCUUCUGACCCCUGAAGAAAGGAAGGAGUUUGAAGAGAAAAUGCUCAACAACUGUAAGGAUUUCUUUGAUGUCAAACCAUGUCCUGGCUGCAACUCUUCUGUGGAGAGAGCUGAUCUGAAUAAUCUGAGUGUCCUCUGCUCAGUGUGCACAGCUGAGAAAAAGAAGGACUACAGAUUCUGCUGGCAGUGUUUGAGGGAGUGGAAAGGUCCAACUCCACGUUCAGACCGCUGUGAUAAUGAUGACUGUGUCAAUGAUACACUUGAAACACUGAGAAAGUGUCCAGAGAUCAUCUUUGAGAAUGUGAAGGAGGUCACUGGAUGUCCCUCCAUACGGGCCUGUCCAGCAUGUGGUCUACUGGUGGGACAUGACAGAACUCAGUGUAAAAACAUUGUCUGUCCUCGAUGUGAUGUGGAGUUCUGCUUUGUGUGUCUCAAGGUCACUGAAGAGUGUUCGGACACAAGUGACUAUUUUGAACCUUGCUCUGAUGGAGUCGCCCCCAGACAAACCUCCGUACCUGUGUGGCAUUGGAGAUAAUCUCAAUAACACCAGACUGUUUCUGUUGUUGCACUGUCACACUGUGGUCUGAGUCAAAUGUGCACAGCUGUGUGUUUUGUUUGAGAGAAAAU